AUGUCUCUUCGCCAACACAUCCCGCUCAAACCAUUCACUUUGGCUUUAAUUCAACUAGGGAAUAUCAGUCCCAAUAAAGCAGACAAUUUGAAGCAUGCUCGAGAAAUGAUCCUCAAGGCAGCAAGCGUUGACAAAAAACCUGACCUCGUCGUGCUACCCGAAUGCUUCAACUCUCCCUAUGGGCACGUUCAUUUCCCAGUGUAUGCAGAGAAUAUAGGAUAUUACCCUGGCAAACCGUACAGCGUACCAGAAAGCAAAAGCGAAAGCGUUCAAAUGUUGUCUUCAGCAGCCAAGGAAACCGGAACGUGGUUAAUCGGAGGGUCGAUUCCAGAGCGGGAUCUGACAAGCAACAAGGUGUACAAUACUUGCACGGUCUAUAACCCGAAAGGCGAUCUUGUUGCCAUCCAUCGAAAAAUCCAUCUGUUUGACAUCGAUAUUCCAGGAAAAAUCAAGUUCAAGGAAAGCGAAACUCUAACAGGAGGAGCAAACCUGAGCUCAUUUGAUACUGAAUUCGCGCGUAUUGGGCUGGGGAUAUGCUAUGACAUUCGAUUUCCCGAGUUGGCGAUGAUAGCUGCACGCCAAGGUUGCCAGAUGCUGAUUUACCCCGGUGCUUUCAAUCUCACGACGGGACCGCUUCAUUGGGAGCUGCUCCAGCGCAGCAGAGCGGUGGAUAAUCAAGUGUUUAUGUCCAUGUGCAGUCCUGCCCGAGACCUGAGCGCUGGAUACCAUGCAUGGGGGCACUCAAUGGUCGUGGAUCCCAUGGGAAAAGUAGUGGCAACUGCUGGAGAAGACGAGGAGAUAAUUUAUGCAAAUAUCGAUACUGGAGUAUUUGAAGAAACGAGGCGAGGUAUACCAGUUGGGACCCAACGUCGAUUUGACGUUUACAAGGAUGUUGCGGAGAAUGUCCCGAUUUAGUAAACAUUGUAGAAGGAUCUGGAAAUGUGCACAGCUUUUUUUUAUUUUACUUUUAAUUUCACCUG